CUCUGCUAACACAUAAAUAUAUUUGCACAAGUUUUUUUUUUCCUCUGCAAAUUGAAAUCACUUGUAUAAUCUGUUAAAAUUCACCAUCACACCUUUAUACUUUUGCUAUAUUGACAGAGAAAAUAUGUAUUAAAAUCACACAUAACAGGGAUGAAUUGGAUAAAAUUUUGCGUAGGAGAGCAAAGCCAAAAGUAUUUCAGGUGACCACCUUGUGAGUAUAUAACGCUUCAUUCAAAUAUCCACGAGAUAUUUUGACCCAUUCUGAUCUUUGAUCAUCAAAUAGACAUUAAAAUUGAUCCAAUUGACGCCAAGAAUCACUAAAAAAUUUGUGCUAAUUCUCAGCAAAUUAGCACAUUACCACAGUCUCUUGGAGGAUUCUGGUCUGUUACCCAAACUAGAAUCUCAUAAAUUCACUUUAGUUACCUCAAAACAGCCGAGAGAACCUGACUGGAAAAUUAUUUCUAAGAAUUUUUCGAAGAUUUUGCACAAGUAAAAAAUAAUAUUCACUUUCAUUUUCAAGUGAAUUUUAGUGGAGUUUCGUUUGUGAAGACAGAAAAAAAGCAUUAGAAAAACAUUUAUUGAAUGGAUACAGUUGUUGAAGAAACGCACAGGUACAAGAAUGAAUCGCUUCCAAUGAGAGCUGAUCAGAUGAGAACAGGGGAAGCUGCGGUGCUCUUAGCACCAUCAGCAAACCCAGCAACAAUUCAGCCUCCAGCUCCACCGCUACUUCCUGACCAUCAGAGUCUCGUGUCCUAUUCCCAGCCUGGAAGUCGCAGGAUGACUGGAGAAAAUGCCACUCUGCAGGAAAUGGUGGCCUUCUCCAGACGACCAUCAGCAGUUUUGGCUGCCCUGAGACGAAACUCAACGGCCAUGGUCGCUCACAGAAGACUAUUUCUGGACCUCCUCCAGACAUCACAGAACUCCCCAACUGCCACAGGGAGCAAGCAAUCCCUCAACAAUGGUGGAGUAUCCAUUCAGAAUGGCGCAAUGGCUCGCGAAGCUCGCAUGAAAAAUCGACGAAUUGGAGAGGACGCAAUUAGCACAGCACUAUCUGCCCUGUAUGCCAAAUUAAUUGUCGUCCUCGGCAUCGCACUGCCCGUCACGGAUAUUCUGAGUGUACGUGGACCAGCCUCAUUCUACCAGGGCUUCUACCUCUACCUUUACCUAGUCAGUGUGGCAUUUGUGGCCUACAUGUAUGUCGCUCACGUGAGAUCACGCACCCUCUUCACCCUUCUCAACACAUAUCAUGAAAAGACUGGAGAAAGUCUCAAUAGAUUGGCGUUCAAGCAAGAAAAACUCAUGAGAUAUGGGAGCUUUUAUCUCAGAGUUGGAGCUGUGGCCUUUGGAAUUGGGAGUAUGGUGUACUCUGGUCUUGAAUUUGGACAGUACUUUGAACUUAAGGGUGAAUCAAAAUGCCAGAAUGUCUUGAUAGCUUUAACACCGGCUACGAGGAUGAUCCUCUCAAUUGUCCAGAUGCAGUUCAUCUUCCUUAAUACGAAGGAAUUCGAGAUGGGACGUCACAAAGUAAUUGCUCGCUUUGGGCUAAUGCACAUGGUGGCGACAAAUCUGUGCGAGUGGCUGUAUGUGCUCAUUGAGGAGACAAAGCACGAAAUUGUCCACAUAGUUCACAAGCACCUUCACCAGGCAUCCACGGACAACAUUUUCCCGCAAAAUGUCACGUUACCUCAUCAUCUGAUGAAGCGUGCCACCUCAUGGGAGAUUGUGGUGGAGUGUCGCCGAACAAACAUCAUGGGGAGCCUGGUACAGAAUGCCUCGCCAUUCCUCUUUCCCUGCACCAUUGAGUACUCCCUGAUUUGUGCUGUGAUUCUAUUUGAGAUGUGGAAGAAAAUUAAAUCCCAAUCGGACAUCAAUCGAAGCCGACGAAAUUCCCGAAAGCCCCAAACCCCAGAAAAUGCCCAUCACUUCUCUGUGGACUGUGCCAGGGCUCAUCGGGGGAUGUUUGGGGGAAUUUUAAUCAUUGUGCUAACCAUCAUCUGCCUGAUUAUGUACUUUGUAUUGACUGAACAGCAGCAUCCCUACAAGGCAAUGGCCAUCCUCGAGGUGACCAUCUCUGAAAUUAUUCUGUACGUAGUCACAGGGUCAGCUGUGGUCUUUGCUUUUCUUCGGAUGCGAGAUCUCAAGUACUCGAAGAAGCAGGAACACAGCGGAAUUGGUCUGGAUUGUACACUACUCCUCCUGGCACAGAGCGGAGUCUACAUCUACGUAAUCUUCAGCAUCAUUGGGAACUUCUUCGCCAUGGCAGAGGAAUCUGGUGAAGGAGGCCUCGAAGGACUCAUUGCAGAAGCACUCUGUUUAGUUGAGACCAGCCUACAAACCAUUUUUAUCCUAAAUGCUUGGUGGAGAAGAUGCAAAGGUGCCCAGCAGAAUAGAACAAAGCCCGGUCGGGAGAUCGUUACCUUCCUCCUGGUAGCCAACAUGGCCAUGUGGUUCCUCAAUACUUUAGUCAAAAAUCGAGCUUCUUUUAGACCUACCCAUCUGAGUUUCUUCGGAGUCUGGGCCUGGACAAUCAUCACACACGUCUCAAUGCCCCUGGCCAUUUUCUACCGAUUCCACUCAACGAUUUGCUUAUUUGAAAUCUGGAAGACGACAUUUAAAAUCAAAAUAGAACAUAAUAAUUAACCUCAAAUAUUUCUAGUACGAAAUUAUUUGAAGAACAAUUAAAAAUUAUUGCUUAGGUUACGUUGUAGGCCUUCAAUUUUAAGAUUAGCUUUGUAUAAUUUUGUAAAAAAAAAGCCAAUAAAUAAUUUGCUGCGAUUAUGAAAUCAAGAUCAAGAUCAAAACCCAUAAAA